AUGGUACCCCAGCUGCGGCUUCAAGCGGUGCGGAGGGGUGGCAAUUCACCCCCAAGUGUUUCCUCAUACACAGGCCAGGUACACAGCACGUUGUCGCUGCAGAGUUUUGCUAACACUUCGGGCUUCACAGCCAGAGAGACUGGAGAGUUGGAAUGUACAAGGCCGGCGGGGCAGGUAAAUGGGAACAGUAAACGGGAACUGAAGCCUGAAAUCGUUAACCCUGCUGAGAGCUGGGCUCUCGACCCGGCAAAGUCCCGAGUGACGCGGGUGCGAGCAGGAGACACGCCUAUUCUCAGGCUUCCUAUCAUCUGUGGCUCAGUUCUUGCCCGGGCGAGGCCAUGGUGUGUACCCAGCCGUUACCCCUGCAAAUACAGCGAAUGCUGCCCUGGUCUGAAUGCCACUGUGUCCGCGGAAGUAGAAUUUGGAGUAUGCACAGUUACAUGUGGGAUUGGCAUUCGAGAAGUUUUGUUAACCAGUGGAUGCCCUGGGACUGAAGCAAAAUGUAUUGUCCGUGUGGAGAAAUGCCGGGGGCCAGUAGACUGUGGAUGGGGAAUACCAUUUUCUGAGGGCCUUGCCUGCGUGAAGAUGCCUUGUAUUUAUAUACCUCCUGAAAAUCGAUUUAAAUAUGUUUGGAAGAUGUUAAUUCCAAACAAGACAGCACACAUUCUUCCCAAUGAUUCAGCUAUUAUGGAAGUUUGCAGAGAUACCCAUUCGGUUACUUUCCAGUGUGAAACUCAAGAAAAUGGAAAUAUAAUUGCCUCUGUAAAAUACACAGUCUACGCAACAACUGAAACAGAAACAAAAAAAUCAAGGAGAAUAGAAACAGGGCAAUCAAGGAGAACAACAACAGAUGCUAUUCUGGUCUUUGUCAUGCUAACUGGAAUCAUUGUGACUGUUGGUGCGAUCUUUGCCAUGAUCCUUAUGAUUCUUCACUGGGCUGUUGUAAAAUCUAUUUGGGAAUCAAAAUCUGGGCAAGACAACCAAGACAAGAAGCUGGCCAACAAAAGUUCACUGCGUAACAUGGAAUAA